AUGAGACACCUCCGAGGUUCCCAGCGCGCCAUUCCCAAGCAGAGCCACCAUCUCCUGCCUGGCCGCCCAGCGUGCCGCUCGCAGGGCCGUCCCCGGCACCCGCACAUCCCACUGCCUUUCCACCCCAGCCUCAGCCGUGGGGAGGAGCUGAGGACCUUCUACCAGUUGGCCCAGCAGCACCGCAAGUUCUACCAGGACAAGACCGGGGCUCUUCAUGCCGUUCCCUACUUCGUGUUGCCCCCAAAGGAGAAGGAGCGAUACCCUCACCCGCUGGACCUGCCACCCCUGAGCUGGAAGACCCGGUGGCAUCUCUUCCGCGUGUCCCCGGAGAACCUGCGCACCUACCAGACCUUCCCCUCCGGGAAGAGGGUCACCGCCCAGGAGAGGGAAAUCCGGGACAGCUUUUUCGAGUACAGAGCCUGAGAGCCGGCACCCGCACUGCCCCAUGACGCCCCAAAAGCCACUGG